GCGCAUCGUCUCUUGACUAGUCUGUGUAGGCCUACCAAGUAAGGUAAAUCCGAUAACGCUCAACUGCAGCAUAUAUACAUGUGUUCGACAGAUGUACUCCUUAGGUUAAAACCCCUAAAUGUAACGAGGGCAUUGUAAACUAGGCCACAUUGUUACUUACUUCCUCCUCCGCCCCCUUCAACGCAUGAAAAAACGAAACAGAACAUCUCUGAAAUUCUAUCAUCACUGAGAGGAGAGCGUUGAGCAACUGAUAAGAAAGACGCUUCGACUGACAGUGAGAUUUGGAGAAAUGUCAUUUUAUAACCAAGAACCUUUUCAUAAUCCGAGACUCCCUUUCACCGGCACUAUCCAAGGUGGGCUGCAGGAGGGGAAGACGAUCACUAUUACUGGGAAACUUCACCAUGGGGCAGACAGGUUCCAUGUGAAUUUGCAGUGUGGUUCUAGGGCAGGGGCGGACAUUGCCCUUCACUUGAACCCACGAUAUGACAGUCACCCUGGAUAUGUGGUGGCCAACACCUUGCAGCAGUCCAGAUGGGGGACAGAGGAGCGGAAGCAGCAUUCCCCCUUUCAGCAUGGCUCUGGCUUCAGCCUCGUGAUCACCGUCCAGAGGGACGGCUUCCAGUUGAAUGCGAAUGGGAACCAUUUCAUGACCUUUAAGCACCGUAUUCCGUUUGACGCAGUGGACACCAUCUCAGUCGAGGGAAAAGUGGAGGUGACCUCCAUCGCCUUCCAGAACCCUGCACCCACCUUUCCUGCACAGCCAGGAUUUCCGGCACAACCUGGACUCCCUUCUUAUCCGGGAUUUCCGGCGCAACCGGGAUUUCCGCCGCAACUGGGAUUUCCGGCACAACCUGGAUUCCCUUCUUAUCCGGGAUUUCCGGCGCAACCAGGAUUUCCGCCGCAACCAGGAUUUCCGGCGCAACCAGGAUUUCCGCCGCAACCAGGAUUUCCGCCACAACCGGGAUUCCCUUCUCACCCGGGAUUCCCUUCUCACCCUGGAUUUCCCGCUCAACCGGGAUUUCCCACGCAACCAGAAUGUCCAGCUGUUCCAUACAAGAACAUGAUCAAUGGUGGACUCCACCCUGGACGCACCAUCAACAUCCAGGGAGUGGUUAAACCCAAUGCCAAUAGGUUUAAUGUUAACCUACUCUGCAACUCUGAGAUUGUGCUGCACUACAACCCCCGAUUUGACGAGACCCUAGUGGUACGCAACAGCAAGCUGAGGGACCAAUGGGGAAAGGAGGAGCGCUCUGGUGGAAUGCCCUUCCACAGGGGCCAAGCCUUCACGCUGUCUAUUUCCUGUGAGGCUCAGUGCUACAAGAUAGUGGUCAACGGGAAUCAGACGAGCACCUACAAACACCGCCACACCCUCCUCCAGCAGGUCAACGUCCUGGAGGUGGAUGGAGACCUCAGUUUGACCUCUGUGAUGGUUUAGGGCUGUGGGUCACAACUGUGACUCAGCCACUUGUUUAAUUUUGUGUCACCUCUGACCCAAACCACCACAUAUUUGUUUGAUCUGUUCUUUCCGCAAUAAAAAUGACAUUCACUUUGUUUCCUUA